AAUGCGCAGCGCAGCCACAAUUUACAACACAAAAUCCCGGAGUUUCUUCAAAUUACACUAAAUCGUUCUUGUUCUUGAGAAGAUGCUGCUGAGCUCACGCCGGUUCGGAAUUUGAACAUCAAAAAUAAUAAAAAAAGUUGAAAGACAAAAAAGGCAUUGCUAUACGCUAGAAAUGGACGUCCUCCAUAAUCAAAGUUUAAAUCUGUACAUCACACACCUGGAGAAGGAAGGCCCCUUUUUGAAGAUAUGGGGGCAACAAGACAAGAGCAGUGCUACAUACGUUGAACAGUUUCUUGUGUCUGCCAGCCAGCAAUUCGAGUUGGGGGUAGGCAAGAUGACACUGGAAAGUAUGCAUGUAGGAACACUUGUGUGCGCCAAAUAUAAGGACGAUAAAUAUUACCGGGCAAGGAUAAUAAACACAAGUUUUUUGCACGAAGGAUUUGUGGAGGUCAGUUUUUUAGAUUAUGGCCAAAGAGAUGUAGUACCUUGUGCGAACGUUAGAAGCCUCCAGACAUUUCCCACGUCCCUAAUAUCAAUACCACCACUAGCAGUAGGAUUCAUCUUUGCAGAAAGGGCAAUGACGAGUAACAUUUAUAGAGCCAUCAUUCAAUCAAAUAUAUCAGCUACCACAUUGAAUCUCAAUGUCCAAUCAAACAAUCCAACAGACAAUGUUUCAACCAAUGACACAAAAAGGGAAAGUUGGAAAGAGAAAAUUCUACAUGGUAGACAUCUACACUAUCUAACAGAGAGGCUCACUGCAUUGGUGGCGGACAAUGGAAUGACAGUAUCUUUGAAAGCAUCUCUAAAGAACUGAGGUUCCGCGACGUCCAGUGCACCCUUUUGGCCCAGGCCACCCAAUACUACCUGGUGAAGAUAUAUUUGAACAACACUGAUCUGUGCAGCGUGCUGAUCCAGCGUAGUUUGAUGCAACCAAUCUCCUUGCAAGCUCAACAGGCGGUGAUGCUUAGCAUGACAAUGCAGAAACAACAACAGGGGCAACAACAAGCAUCGCCAACGUCGCCAAGUAAUAUACCUACACUCACCUACAAGGCCUGCACCUUGGAACCUGGCAAAGUAUAUCCAGUUUAUGUAUCCUAUGUCAACGAUGGGCCUUGCCACUUCUCUGUGCAGCUAAAACAAAUGGAAGAUUACUUGGUCAAGUUGAUGAAGGACAUCAAUUCAAUCACACUCAGACCUCUGGAAGAUGUUCCCAUACCAGGAACUGUCUGCCUGGCUAGAUGCGAAGAAGACAAUAACAUAUGCAGGGCUGUAGUUACAAAUGAAGUGGACAACCAAUUUAAGGUAUUUUACGUAGAUUUCGGCAACUAUGAAGUGGUUCCUUUGGAAUCCUUAUAUCAGAUACCAUUUAAAUGCGUCCUUCCAAAAGUCAUGGCCGUUCGAUUUUCACUUGACGGCGUAGAAAAAUCUACUGUGACACUUGAAAUGCAGUGUGCAUUCAAACAAUUUGUAGACAACAGGCUGCUGCAUAUGACAGUGCUACAUUCACCGAAAAGAAUGCCAGUACCAAAAUGCGUACUAUUGGAUCCCACAACUAAGACCAGUGCUCUAGAUGUAGUGAACAGGGCUGCAAGACAUGCUUAUCCCGAACCGAUUUCAUUGAACAGGGGCUUCAGCCAACCAGUGAAGAUCAGUUAUGUUUACAGCUGUAACAGAUUUUACGUCCAACUAGUAAGUAAAGAAGCCGAACUAAGUAGUCUUAUGCGAGACCUUCAACAGGUCUGUCAAGCAAGUGACUACAUGGAUCCAGGUGCUGUUAAUGUAGGCUUGCCUUGCUGUGCUCUGUUUGAAGACGAUGGACAAUGGUACCGGGCAGAAAUCGUUGAAAUUACUGGACCUGAUAGCAUGAAGGUUCGAUAUAUCGAUUUUGGAAAUGAAGCAGUAGUACCAGUUGUGCAACUUAAAACAAUUGAUGGUGAACAACUAACCGUUUUAAGACCACAAGCCAUUGAAUGCUGUCUCAAUGGAUAUCAAAACAUGGGCGAAGAUGCUGAAAGAGACAGCUUAUUGGAAGGAAUCAUUUUAGAAGAUACCUUCACCAUGAAAGUUGUCGAGAUGGUUCAAAAGAAAGCGCUGGUUGAACUUUACGACGGAUCUAACUACAACGUCGCAUCUCUCUUAUUGGACAAAUUGGCUGCAGCAAAGUCCCAAGUCAGCCCGGUGCUUGCUGUUCAAGCUGGUAACAAGAUCGAUCUUAGAAAAUCUCCUCAAGUUCAGAAUAACAGAGAACAGGGAUUCAGAGAACGAAAGUUUGGACGCGAACGAAGCAAUACGAACGAUAGAAACGAAAAGUCUUGGAGACAAGACAGAGAACCUCGCUGGCGUGUGCAAUGCAGGUAACAAUAUUUUUAGAUUUUUAGAUUUUCGUUUUUAUAUUCGCUAUCGUUAUAUUUAAUUUAAAACCAUUAUCCCGAGGAAUGUCAAUUACACUUAGUUG